CAAAGCAGUGGCUAGCGGUGACCAUCAAUCACGUGACACUCGGCGUCAUCAUGCUUAUCGCAGCUCUUGACGCCAUAAAGAUGGGUUUCGACUAUGGAUUCCAAGGCCAGAAAGUCGGAGAUACUUUCAUCCCCUAACAGCUUAACAGUGCUGGUGGGCGUGUUGUUCCUCAUAAUCGGCGGGAUGGACAUUAACGACCCAAAACAGCACACGGUCGCGGACAUCCUAAACAACGUUAUCCUUCUCUUCGUGUUUCUGAUCUCCGUGGACAAUGUGGUGCUCUCUUCCUUCGGGCUUGAACAAAUGAACAUGCACCCGCCGGGAACACCGAUUAAUGGCACGAGCAACAAGGAGCUUUGAGGGGAUAUCUUUUUCUUUUUUUUCUGUUUUCUUCUUUUUUUUUAGGGGGGGGGGUGUUGUUUCCUGUUUCAGAGGCUUAUUUCUAUUUUGUAAAAAAGAAAAAGAAAAUUGAAUCCGUAGACACAUCUAACCUUGUGAAAUUUGAUUAGGUAGUUGGUUCUUGACGUCUUAAAUGUUUGUUUGUUUUUUUGUGUGUGUGUGAUCUGUAUGUUUUAUGGUGUGGCUGGAGUUUAGUAAAAAUAUAUCUGACUAGAUAUAUACACAACGCCUACGUUAUAAAUUUCCAAUUUGCUUGAUUUAUUCCCCGGGAAUAAUCAGAAAUCCUCCCACAGAAAGCCGAGUUUGUAUCCAUUGUGAAAUACCCAAGCAAGCACACCCAUGAACACCCCAGAUCACAGAGACAUUUAAGACGUCAGGAGCAUUCAUUGUACACACGACCUCCAACAAGGCUUUACGAUUCCCGGUAUGUACACUUGGCCUUAGAACAACGGUCACCACACAGCUUCCUAAACCUUGUUCCUCUGUGAUCCUGGCCCGUGCCUCUCUCCCUAUACUUAUAUAAAGUUACACAGCGCGUCAAUGUGCAGUAUAUCUAUUACACUUGGCAUGCGAAACUUUUAAGGAAAAAAAAGAAACAAGAAACGUAAUUUAAGUGGUGUUGGGACCUAUCUUUCAUAAGCAGUUGAGUCAAGUCGUAGUCAUUUCUCCGAUGCUGUCUGUAGCUCGACAGUGAAUGUGCUCAGUUGGAAAUUCCUUUUCUUCUUCUUUCUUUUCAUUUUCUUUUGUUUUAGUAUGAUGUUCCGAAAUUAGCACUUCAAGAACCGCAUGGCUGCUUGUGCAUUUCCUGAAGACAACUUUUGAAGGCUUGUUAUUAUUAAAAAUUGCCCUAUUUCUUAGAAAGUAUAAAUGUCGUUGCUUUGAGUGAUUUCAUUGUGUUUUUCGUUUAAGGAUAAUUGAACAUAGAUUGGCACUUUCCACGCAUCGUAGAAAGUUUCAAAUUAAGGAAUAUUUUUUGGUGACCAGAAUAUCAAAAAAAAUGUAAUACAUAUUAAAAGAAACGAAAGUAUUUCACUCAAAAUUUGUAUGAGUAAGCAAUACAUAAAUAAGUUAUAUGUGGUUUGUAUAGAUACUAAGAAUCUCAUCUUUAUUGUCAUGUCAGAAUUAAAAAAACAAAAAAACAACAAAAAAACAAGAAUAACUAUUUUAAAGACAAGCAAUACAUUUUAUUAGCAAUAUAUAUGUGUGUGUGUGUGUGAAGACGAAACUAAAAUAUAUCUGAAGUCCAAUACCUAUAGAUGGCGCCUCUCUUUUAUAUUCAAGUAGUCUGGAGUUGAACUUUAUUACGCGCUGUUUAAGGUCUCUUGUUCGCGUUCAAUUAGGUACAUUUCUUCAAGGCUGAUUAAAAGAUCCUCCUCCUUUUUCUCCCGUGGGCGUGACCGCAACGAGGUUUACGUAGCUCGAUUACCAGACAAAUAUAUAUACAUAUUUAUAUAUAUAUAUACCUUUGGCUUCCGUCAACAUAACUCCCGUUUCUGUGCUGGUUCUCGAAUCGAAUCUUCUUGUUUUGACCUUUUUGCAAUUGUAUGGGCCUAAGCAGCUAUUAGUAAUUGUUCAUAACAAUAGAUUAUUACACGAAUGAUUUCCUUGGAUUAUUAUGAAAUUUGAAUUGCGUGACAAUCAAGGUGUAAAAAAAAAAUAAUAUGAAUGUUCUCUUCCCCAAACAUUUUUAACCGUGUGAGUUCGAGAGAGCGAGACAAUACUCUCAGCUGAAAAUAUGAAUAUAUAUGUCGAGGAAAAUAAUAAUAAUUGUAGCGAAGCUGUGACGAGACAGAAGGAAUAGCUGAGUUACAGAUGACGAAAUUGUCCUUUGCCUGGAUGAAAACGGAAUCAUGAUCAGAAAAUGACACUCGUUAAAAUGAGGAAUUAUAAUACUUAAUGUGAUGAUUAGUUUUGCCGCUGUGCUUUGUCAACUUGGUCUUUACGAUUUCCAGGACUUCGCGAAUUGUUCAGAAUUAAUUACUCGUAUUCCUGUAUCUUUCUUGUUUCGAGUUACAUGCCCACGGCAAUCACGCGAAAGGGACUUUUUCCAUAUCCCAAAUUCAAUCAUUUUACAAUCAUUUGAUAUAACAAAACUAACGAUCAAAAUUUUACGAGAGGAUACGUAGCGAGUUCUGCUAACUACUAGACUUUAUUCAUAUUAGACUAUUUUUUUUUUUUUUUUCAUCAUUUUCCAACAAAUUCGACAGAAAACAGAGACUCGGAAAACGUAAUGAUCAAAGUCGCUCUUUCGGCUCACAGAGGGUUACACUGCUAUCAUCUAGUUGAGUUAAGGUUGCUUGAUCAAACUUUUGAGUACUUUCCUCUUUGUUGACUAUUAUGUACUGUGAUACACUGACCUAAGUACAACACUAAGUGUUAUUUUACAAUCGCAAGUUUGUAUCUAGCAAUAGACAGUAUUUUUAAAUUGUUAAUGUUGUAAAUCACAAGAAAUUUUGUAAAUGUACUCAAGGUGAAAGUUAGGUACAAUAACAUCUUACGAAGUUUAUUGGUAAAGAAAAUAUUAAACUUACAGAUUACAGUAACAGGUUCAUGCGUAACGACAAAUACAAUGAAGUAUAUGUGUAUAUUCUAAAUCGUAAGUUGGAAGCCAAAACAUUUAGCACAAAAAAUGUUACUUAACUCUUCACCUGACUGAUAUUUUUCCCAACUAUGUACAUACUUAUGGUGUGAUUUCAAAUAAACAAAAAAAGAUUA